AUGUUUGACAAGAAAAUCAAUAAACACAACGAGCAAAAUAUUUCCAAAAAAGUAUUGAGUGAAAGUGCAGAUGAAAAUAUCCAAGAAACCGAAAAUAUUAAUGGACAAAUUCAUGACGCGUAUGGAAGUAGUAUUGAGAACAAAAAUGUGUGUGAACAAGAUAAUUUUGAAGUAAAUGGUAACGAGUGUUUAACAGACUGUAUAACCUACAGUACUGGAUAUAUAGCUGAAGAUUUUAAUUUAGCAUGGGAAAAUUAUUGGUACAAACAUGGAGAAAGUCUAGUUUGGAGCUCAUGGAUUAAGAAAUAUAAAGAUUUUAUUAAUCCUGAAUACAUUAAUGCGCACAAAAAUUACGAAGAUUUAGAAGCCAUAAAGUCACCUUCAAAGACAAACGGUACUGAGGCUAGAGAACAUCACUUUCAAAAUUCAGAAAGCGUUAUUAAUACAUCAUCAGAUAUAAAAUUCGAAAAAGAAUUGAGUUUUGACGAUCACUGGACUCAUUUGUGGGAUAGUCAUUGUGAAGAAGAAUAUUUUUACCAAUAUAAUCAGUUUCUUUUAAAAAGAUUCAGCUUUUCUAACUCAAAAGACGAAAGUAAGUACUUUUAUUUAUUGCUAUCGCACGUUUUGUACAAAGCUCUCAGGGUUUUAAAAAGUCCUUCAUUUCGUUUUGUUUGUUUUUCUUUAGUUUAAAAUAUUUAAUGACUU